CAGACCAGCGGCCCUGGCCUUUCCCGGUUUGUUUGAUGCCCACGACGUGGCCCUCGAUGGUGUCCUGCCCUCCGAAGGGACGCAGCAAAUUCUUGCCUGAACGCAAGCGGGAUGAAGAAAACGCCCCUGCGGUGGAGAUCAGAGCGCCUAAUGAAAAGGAGAUUUUAGGGAUGGUGUCCUCUAGGUCCUUGGGCUUUUAUAGGAAAGCAUUUUAAUUCACGGUUCAGGCCACCAGUUCAGGGAAGGCCAAGGGCCCUCCUAGAGUCUCGCCUCAGAUUUGAGGUGUGCGAUGUUCACAGCGCCAUUGUCCAUCCGCGCUGCGGGAGGUCAAACACACUCACCCUCGCAAAGCAUCUUUCCAAGUGGCCGAUCAGUCGCUGUGGGCCACGGAAGCCUCCACGGGGUCCAAAGGAGAAAGAACUGCAAGCCGAUUACUCCUGAAUCCUCGGGGAGGCGCGAGGCCUCCUCCCCGGGAAAAGGUCCUUCCCCAGCCAGCUCGGGGCAAAAGGUCCUUCCCCAGCCAGCUCGGGGCCCUCUCCUGGUCCUGGAGAAGUGUUGGAGGGAGGCGGGAGUUCCCGCAGAACAGGGGCGAGGUGGGGAACUCCAGGUGGGUCUCCUUCGGGGCCUGAGCCCGUCUGCACACCCGACGCGGGGCUCCCAGCCUCCUGCUGGACAAGCGGGCGCUAGAGGUCACUAGACCAGUGGGCACAAAUGGCCCUGAGGUAGGCGCUGAAGGGAGGGAGGAAGAGAGGCUGGGGCGCUUAAGUCCGAGGGGACUGGGGGGAGUUAAAACAGAUAUAGACGGACAAACUAAACGCGAGGCCUGGGACUUCGUACCAGCGACCCCAGAACUGAGUGGGAAGAGAAAAGGGAGCAAGCGGGGGGAAAUUCAAACUCGGACGAGUGCGGAGCUGGGAAGCCUUCGGCUGGACCUCGGUGCUUCCAGAGGGCACCAGGCCAGCGUGGCGGCCCCGCGGAGGUGAGCCAGAGGGGGCGAGGGGCGAGUCUGACGUUGGGGAGGAGUUGCGUCCAGGAAGGGAGGUGACCCCCAGUGUGUAGUCUGAGGUGAGAGGGUAAGCCCGAGGCAGGGGGCGUCAAACGCAAGGGGAGAGAUGAGCCCCAAGGGCGUCGGCCCCACUGAGGCAGGACUAGGGGUGGCCGCGAUCGGGUUCCCGGGCCUUUCAAGCAUCCAGCCGCCGAUCCCCGGAGUGUGUUUGUAAAGCUUAAAGCGGAUCAAGAAGUAGGAGGGGAAUGUUCCUAGUGCCCGCCCGGGAGUGGCCGCGCGAAGACCCUGAGGCUGGGCAGGACAAGGACCCGCCCCUCGGCGGAGGGAGGGGCUGAGAGAAGGGGCUGGGUCCGGGGCAAGAGGGGAGGAGCCGGGGGCCAGUUGGCUCCCUGCCUUUAGCGCCGGGAGCCCCGGCUACUCCGAGCCCGAACUUCCGACUUCUGGGACUAAGGCAGCAGCGGGUUGAGCGCUCGGCCACCCCCAGCGUGCUGCCCGGGCGGGCUUCGCCCGCUGAGCUUGACCUAGGGUCGGGAGCCGUCGGGUUGCACCGCAGCACUCGGGAAGAGCCGACUUCGAGCCUCUCAUCUCCGUCUCCAAAGCGCCCCCCCCCCCCGCCUCCCCACGCUCCCCAUGCACCUGCCGGGCUGCGCGCCUGCUAUGGCCGACGGGAGCUUCUCGCUCGCCGGCCACCUGCUCCGCAGCCCGGGCGGGAGCACAUCGCGAUUGCACAGCAUCGAGGCCAUCCUGGGGUUUACCAAGGACGACGGGAUCCUCGGCACCUUCCCCGCGGAGGGGGGCGCCCGGGGUUCGAAGGAGCGGGAUAGGAGGCUGGGCGCGCGGUCCGCCUGCCCCAAGGCGCCCGAAGGAUGCGCCGAACCCUCCACGCCGCCAGCCCCGGCGUCUGUCCCAGAGUACGAAGCCCCUCGCCCUUACUGCUCCAAGGAGCCCGGGGAGGCACGGCCAAGCCCAGGGCUGCCCGUCGGGCCAGCCACCGGCGAAGCGAAACUGUCAGAGGAGGAACAGCCCAAGAAAAAGCAUCGGCGGAACCGCACGACUUUCACCACCUACCAGCUGCAUGAGCUGGAGCGCGCGUUCGAGAAGUCCCACUACCCGGACGUGUACAGCCGCGAGGAGCUGGCCGGCAAGGUCAACCUACCCGAAGUCCGGGUCCAGGUGUGGUUCCAGAACCGACGGGCUAAGUGGCGGAGGCAGGAGAAGCUGGAAGUGUCCUCCAUGAAGCUGCAGGACUCGCCGCUCCUCUCCUUCAGCCGCUCCCCGCCCUCGGCCACGCUGUCGCCCCUCGGGGCGGGUCCGGGCAGCGGAGGCGGGCCGGCGGGGGGCGCGCUGCCGCUGGAGUCCUGGCUUGGGCCGCCGCUGCCGGGCGGGGGCGCCACCGCGCUACAGAGCCUGCCGGGCUUCGGGCCGCCGGCGCAGAGCCUGCCCGCCAGCUACACGCCGCCGCCGCCGCCCUUUCUCAACUCCCCGCCGCUGGGCUCCGGCCUGCAGCCUCUAGCGCCGCCGCCGCCCUCCUACCCAUGCGGGCCCGGCUUCGGGGACAAGUUCCCGCUGGACGAAGCGGACCCGCGCAACAGCAGCAUCGCCGCGCUGCGUCUGAAAGCCAAGGAGCACAUCCAGGCUAUCGGGAAGCCGUGGCAGGCCCUGUAGGGGCACUGGGGACCGUCUAGGGAGCCGACCCCGGGCCGAGCGCACCGUACCCUCAUCUUCUCUCCCAGGGACCCCUCCCCCCGACUCGGCCACUCUUUACCCGUCGCCUGCCAGCCAGCAACCCGCCAGGCAUAGUUCAGGGCCGGGGACCUGCUCCCGACGCACGCGGAGAAGGGUGACUUUCAGGCCAUAGGAGAAGCCCUCUGGCCGCCUCCACACACUUCGCGGACCUCAGCCCUGGAGGGCUAGAGGCUGCCGGGUCCCGCCGGCCACGCCGCUCCCAUCCCCACGGGUGCUGGAGCCUCCAGGCCCAACAGGCUUAAGCUCCUGAACUUGGCAUUCCCAGGAGGCUUGGACACCCCCAGAUAACCAUAACAGGAAAGAAGGGGAGGUGGAAAAAUAGUUUGAGGAACUUUCGUAUAAGUAGUUUCCAAGUCUUUGAGAGGAGAAUUAAAGACCUGCUUGUUUUGUUUCGAA